AUGGCGGGGGCGGCCGAGGGCGGCCGCUUCGGCUACAUCGCGGAGCUGCUGGAGCGAGGAAAGGUUGCCACAAAGAGUAUUGAAAGAGAGCUCAUCUGCCCAGCGUGCAAGGAAUUGUUUACCCACCCGCUGAUCCUUCCGUGUCAGCACAGUGUCUGUCACAAAUGCGUGAAAGAAAUACUCUUCACAGUUGAAGACUCUUUCGCUGAUGGGGGUUCAGAAUCCUCAAAUCAGAGUAGCCCUCGAAUUCGAAUCUCAUCUCCUAGCAUGGAUAGGAUUGACAGGAUUAGUAGAUCAGCCUCACAGAGGAGGUCUUUUGGGUGGAGAGGAUUUGCUGUCUACACAGGCAGAAAACGCAAUUCACUGACUCCUAGAACAACUAUGUUUCCUUGUCCUGGCUGUCAGCAUGACAUUGAUCUUGGAGAACGUGGCAUCAAUGGCUUGUUUCGCAAUUUGACUUUGGAAACCAUUGUGGAAAGACACAGGCAGGCAGCCAGGGCAGCCGUAGCUAUCAUGUGUGACUUCUGCAAACCUCCACCUCAAGAAUCCACAAAGAGCUGCAUGGACUGCAGUGCAAGCUAUUGCAACGAGUGUUUCAAAAUACACCACCCUUGGGGAACUGUGAAAGCCCAGCACGAAUAUGUCGGACCAACCACCAAUUUCAGACCCAAGAUUUUGAUGUGCCCAGAACAUGAAAUGGAAAGAGUAAACAUGUACUGUGAAAUCUGCAGAAGGCCUGUCUGUCAUCUUUGUAAACUGGGUGGAUCUCAUGCAAACCACAGGGUAACAACGAUGAGCACUGCCUAUAAAACACUGAAGGAAAAGCUUUCAAAAGAUAUAGAGUACCUCAUCAGUAAGGAGAGCCAGGUGAAAACUCACAUUUCACAGCUGGGUCUGCUGCUGAAAGAAACAGAGUGCAAUGGGGAAAGAGCUAAAGAAGAGGCAUCUCAGAGUUUUGAGAAAUUAAUUAAUGUUCUGGAGGAGAAGAAAUCUGCAGCUCUUAGGGCAAUUGAAGCAUCGAAGAAUUUAAGAUUGGACAAAUUGAGAACCCAGGCAGAAGAAUAUCAAGGUCUCCUGGAAAAUAAUGGCCUCGUUGGAUAUGCUCAAGAAGUACUUAAAGAAACAGAUCAGUCCUGUUUUGUUCAAACAGCAAAACAACUUCAUGUCAGAAUCCAAAAAGCUACUGAAUCUCUGAAGAGCUUCAGACCAGCAGCUGAAUCUUCUUUUGAAGACUUUGUGGUGGACACUGCCAAGCAAGAACAGAUCCUUAGCGACUUGUCCUUCUAUUCAAAUGGUCUGGAAAUACCAGAAAUCAAUGAAGAGCAGAGCAGAAUAUACAACAAAGCUGUGAUCAGUUGGGAGUCCCCUGGGAAGACAGACUCAGCUGAUAUCUAUGUUCUUGAGUAUCGUAAGUUUAACAGAGAAGAGGAGAAUGUGAUGUGGCAGGAGAUCGAAGUUUGCAGCAAGAGCAAAGUCAUAUCUGAUCUCGAUGAUGACAGCAGCUAUGCUUUUAGAGUUCGAGGAUAUAAAGGGUCCAUCUGUAGCCCUUGGAGCAAAGAAGUUAUUUUGCAUACACCUCCCGCUCCAGUUUUUAGCUUUCUUUUUGAUGACAAGUGUGGGUACAACAGUGAACGUUUACUGCUCAACCCAAGAAGAACUGCUGUGGAAAGUAGAGCUGGAUUUCCUCUACUGCUAGGAGCUGACCGCAUACAGGUUGGAUGCUACACAACCCUGGAUUACAUCAUUGGUGACACUGGGAUUGCCAAAGGGAAGCACUUCUGGGCCUUUCAUGUGGAAGCCUAUUCCUACCUGGUGAAAGUGGGAGUUGUUUCGAGCGCCAAGAUACAGAAAUUGUUCCAUAAUACCCAUGAUGUGACCAGCCCAAGGUACGAACAAGACAGUGGCCAUGACAGUGGGAGUGAGGAUGCCUGCUUUGACUCAUCACAGCCUUUCACACUGGUCACUUUGGGCAUGAAGAAGUUCUUCAUCCCCAAGGCCGCUGCUGACCCCAAGGAUGCAGCGAGCAGAGUCCUCCCCCUGCCCUCUUGCCUGGGGAUCUGCCUUGACUGUGACAAUGGCAAGGUGGGUUUCUACGACGCUGGCCGCAUGAAAUGCCUCUACGAGUGCGAGGUGGACUGCUCGGGCAUAAUGUAUCCAGCGUUUGCCUUAAUGGGUAGUGCAGCAAUUCAUCUUGAGGAAGCCGUCGCAACAAAGUACUUGGAGUACCAAGAUGACCUAUAGGGUGGUGAUCUCCUCCUGUUGCUGUUCUGAGAUGGAAAAUGAGAGCAGAGGUGUUCUACCCUAGUUUUCAGUCCUGAUUAAUUACAUUGUAUCUAAGUGCUGCACACAAGCCUUUGGGUCAUGUUUUUGUGUUGUUGUUUUUUUUUGUGCUCUUUUUUUUUUUUUUUUUUUUUUUCAAACAAAUGAUCCAGACACUUCCACCAGUAGGAAAUGUUCUUCCAGGAGCUCUCCUGCCUUCCUCGUGACCUGUGCAAUGCUGAUCUCCACAGACUUUCCUCCCAGGGCGAGGUAGGGAGGAAGCUCAGCUAGCAACCAAAAUCACUUGUCGGAGUGGAAAUCUGCCUUUUAUGUAACUUAAAUCCUUACACAGUCUGCUUUGCGUUUAACGAAGUCAAAGCUGACAAUGUGUGAUUGCCAUUAUUCUUUUAAGAAGUCUGCCUGAAUGCAUCCAAGGGGUGAAAUGGUUUCUGACUAACCAAUGAGCACCCUGGAGGUGGUUCCUUGAGCACUCUACAACUCUUGCACAACUACAAUACAAAGCAGUGAGAAACGAGAAUUGCAGUUGAACAUUUAGGCUGUAUUUGGAAGGAGGAGAUUAAACUAGAAACUGUAUUUCGUGUAUGUUUAAUGUGACUGUAAGCUGAAACUCUAGUUCUGACACCUGUUGUAUAGUUGGUGGUAUAAUGGUAAGUUUCUGUACUCUUCCAGGUUUUUAGUGUAGGCUACAUAAAAUAUAUAAAGUGCAAUUUGACCUUAAACAGACUUUAGAGUCCAAAAUCAGAAGUAUUUGCAUGUGUGAGUAAUAGUAACCUCGUAUUUAGGGCAAAAGCAAACGACUUGUUGACAUGACUAAUAACAUGCAAACUUUUAAAAAUUCAGGUACUUCUGUUAAUGUGUUUCUAAGUUAAAUUUUUAAUCUAGUAAUGGCUUGUUUUUAGUAAUAAUGAUAAAAAUGCACUGAUUAAGUUUUUAGACUCAAUUUCUGCCUUAAAGGAUGUUUUUGUUCAAAUUUCUGUUCUCAUGUUUAAAAACUGUAUCAAGAAGUAUUGCUUGCAUCUGUUUGGAAGUAAUCUAUGUAAACAAAAACCAAACAGUUGAGUACUUGCACUGUUAAUUUGCAUUGUGGAAAAAUAACAUCUAAAGUGAAGGAUGUUUCUAAUACACACUUGGUGCUUUCUGAAUUGGGGAUAUAAUGUCGCAUCUUGAUGAAUGUGUGUGAAGUAUGCUUACUAAGUACCUGUAUAUAGCUGUAGAGCAAUGAACUGGGACCUGAAAAUCACGGUACGCUUAAAUGAAUGUAAGUCGUAGUGCAAAACCUUAGCUGCGCUUUGCUGUCUGAACUGCUGUGCUGACGAGUCCGCCCUGCUCGGUGUCCUCUCUCCUAAGCAUCCACCCAGUGACCACUGUCAGAAAAAAAAUGGCAGAAAGGAAAACUGGUGGAAGGUGAGCACGACAGCUCUUUGGGGGCUAGAAAGGUUCAGCAAGGGCAACCUCUUGUGUGUGUCUCACCACAAACGUAUUCUGCCUUAUUAACGCCAUGUAGAAGCAAAUUCUAGAGCUUUUUCCCUGCUGAUGUGAGAAACACUUUGAUACCUCAGGCAGCAGUGCAGAAGCAGUGGGUGUCUGCUGGAACUUUCUCCUGAAGGAGAAAUGGCAAAUUGUCUCUCAGUCGUUACUCUGUAAAUCUUUUCUUUUUGUCAUAAUUGCCAUGGCCUUUCUUUCCUGUUGUACCCACCCCUUCGUGUUCCGUAGCCUGUGUAGUUUCUCACUAAACAGAAGCAGUUCUGUCCAUGUGAGCAUCCUGCUGCCCUCUCCUUCUCUUGCCUUCUGAGACUGACUCUGUACAGACACUUCCUUCUGUGAAGAAUGACAAAAGUCCUGGGAUUUGCUUCUUUAUGUAGUCCUAAAACCGUAUUUGCCCUUUUUCGGCCAAUAUUAAUAUUUGGCCAAGUAUUAAGCUGAUGUGCAUGGAUUUACUUCUGCAGUGUUUUCCACACAAUCCUUACAGUUUGCUCUGAACAAGAUGUGCACAUGGAGGACUUCUCCACCUGAUGCACUAGCUUGCAUUUAAGGCUGAGUUUCACCUGCCAGCUUACCUAGUCACUUGGUACUGCAGGCCUGCUGCGGUUCUCCAGUCACAUCUAGCCGUGGUUGUUUGGAGAAAUUUUAUAGGGCACACAACUGCAGUCCACUUGGUUUGCUUCCUUUUCCAGAUCUUGCAACAAUUUAUGUUGUAAUGAGACAUCAAUUCUCUUCCCCUCUGUUAAACAUGUACUGUUCCUUCCCUUUAUUAAACCGUAAUUAUUCAGCUACUGAAAACCCUUACAUUUUAGUAUGCUCUGACUAGAUGAUUCAUGUUCUUGUGAGCUCAGUAAGUCAACCUGAGUCAGGAGACAAGAUUUUCGUUUCAGUAGCUGUGAUUCGUCCCAGUGCAUAAUUGUCAUUUUUCCAUUUAUCUGCUGAAUCUAGUAUCAGCUUAAGGCUACAGAUGAUAGGAUAGGAUUUCCCAAUCUGUUGUCCCCAGAUCAAAUUUCUUUCUACAGACAAAUAUGUCAUUAUUUUUGAUUAUUCUGUUUCAGAAAUUGGUCUAAAUUACAGGUUUUAUGUUUGGUAGCUCUCCACAAUUCCACAUUUGGAUUCUUUGGAAGCAUCUGGACCAAUAUCAUCAGGCUUUAGCAUUUCAUUACUUCAUGAAAAUACUCAUAAACUAUGCACAUCAUCUUAGAUACGUGAAGACAGUCCUCAGGCUCACUUAUUUA